GUUUGAAUCCAUACAAUCUUUCCCCUCGAGACAACGAAAUUGGUUUCAAGACGGGAUUGCAUAACGCCCGCAUUUUCGAAAAGUCACGACAUUUGACUGGCUAUAUUCGCGCCGAUCUGACAAGUAUCUGGUUUUGUUUCCUGAAAAGUUAGUCAUCAACGACAUUGCACAUGAUAUUUGACAGUUUUCGUCACACGAUUGUUAAGUGACAUCUCGAGAAGAACUGCUCGAGGUAUAGAGCGUCCUUUGCUUAUUGAAUCUUACCAAAGAUUUGGUAAAUAUGAGGCAAUAGCUUUCGUUUUUCUGGUGUCCAUUUCGAACGCCGAUUGUUUGGAAUGUUUUCCCGCUUCUGUACGUCAUUCUCCCGCCAAAUGUUACGGUAAACCAUGGAACUCCAUCUUGAGUAACUCUCUAAUGUCUUGUGGCAAACAUGAUUGCUCAUAAAAUCCUCUCGACAUUAUCCUUGGUUUUCGCUAGCUAUGGCAAAAUAAGUUACCUAUGUGGCGAAAUGAAUAGAUUGCGUUCAGCCUUGGGCGAAAAUUCCACAUAAAAAUCGAGAUCAACGAGCGUAUUUUAAUAUGGGAUGUGGUGUAUCGGUGGAAAAUGGAGAUGAUUUGAGCGUAGCAUUGGGAAAAUCGGAAAAAGGUGAGUUAAAUUUGCUUACGAAUAUUUUUUCUUAUCAUUUAACACUGGCGCAUUUACAACAAAGUUAAGACAGAGUUGUGUGAUCUUCGUGAAGAGAUAAGCUUGAUCAACAUUACGCGAAAAUUGUAUCGCUACAGUGUAGCAGUAUGUGAUCUAACUUAUACUUUUCAGACGGUUUUCCUAACAAAUAUUGCUUCAUGUGUGUCACGCAGUGCUGUGGAUAUUUGAAUCCGCAUUAUUUUAUUACAAUGACUUGCAGGAUUAAGACAGCAUUCUCAAUAUAAUGGUUUUAUUUACAUUCCUUCUCCCUUUUUACGUUUUUUUUUUCUCCAAUUUCUAUCUCCAUAGUGGAUUUUUUAUUUUGCUUUCAGCCAUACGUUCGGCGAUCUUAAUUCAGAAAUGGUUCAGACGAUAUCAGGCUCGCAUCGAAGCCCGACGAAGGUGUACUUGGAAGAUUUUCCAAAGCGUCGAAUAUGCUGGUGAACAAGAUCAGUUGAAGGUAUAAGUCUGUCAAGUUUAAAAUUUUAUGAACGAUCUGAAACCAUUGCGAUCGAUUAGCCAAAGAUUAUUCGCAAUUUUUUCAUGCCUUUCCAUCAAAUCAAGUUAGUAUUUGGCGAUGAAAACAUUCUCUUAAGUUCUAUAUCACCACAAACAAAUUCUCGCUUACGUUCAAACUUCGCCACCUCGACAUAAAUUUUUCAUUUGAUGUUCAUUCAGAGUUCCUCCCUCAAGGUGGUAAAUUGAGACCGUGGUUUUUAUUUACUUAGCGCUUUGCCAAUUUGAUAUGACCAUUAAUAAUCGCUGCAUUUUAAGUUGUUAAUAAUUUAGUGAACUAUUUUUUCAGCUGUUUGAAGUGCGACAGACAAAUGGGGUACAUUAGUGAGAAUGCUUAGUUUUAAAUUUUAAAAAAGUCUGAGCCACUAAAGAAUAAUCUGAAUGAUUGCUUUUGAUGCGUUUUAUAUUUCAAAUUAUACGUGAUUGUAUAAAGAACUCGUCUAAAUACUUUGGAAAUUGAAAAUGCUGAGAUCUUUGCAAUAGUAGGAAAUGGACUCAAUUAGAAACUCAUGUUGAUUUCCAUAGUUUAUUGAGUCAUUACGAUUUUAAAUGGUUUUCUUGAGGGCUUCGAUUAUUUUUACUCUCAAUAAAUGGUUUCAGCAAAAGAAGUGCUUGAAUUUUUAUAGGGGCAAGUAAACAGAGAUGGUCGUUUUAAGGCUUCUGCAAAGAAAAAAAUUUCUUAUACUAUUUACUGAAGUCAUAAAUUCACAUCAAGUUAAGGAAAAAGGGAUUUUAGGGAGGCCUUUUUUUACAUGGGCUGAGUUGAUUUGUAGCCCAAGUUGAAUAACUGAAGAGAAUUGUUAUAAUAUCCCCUUUACAUGAACUCAGAUUACCAGUCUGCACUAGCAUAUGGUCUACUUUAAGAUGGAGCUGAGUCAAUCUUUCUGCCAACACAAAACCUGGCAGUAUUGGGUACAGGGUACCAAAAACACAUCCACUUUAAAGAAAAACAAACAAAGUAGACUGAAACAGUUCAUUUGGUAAAAAUUUCAACCUGAUUAUUAAGUGUCUACAUUAAGAAAAGAAAAAGUAAAAAGAAUUUCAUCCCUUCUCUCUGUGUUAAUACAGCUCUCAACCAGGGUUAUGCAACAAGCAGGGCUAGCUCACCUUUAGUAUCUUUUUCAUGUAGAUGCUUACAAACAUUUGACCUCCCAGCCUAACCAGCCUCCCAACCCCUCCCAGGGUUAUGCAACAAGCAGGGCUAGCUCAGCUUUAGUAUUUUUUCAUGUAAAUGCUUACAAACAUUUGACCUCAAAAGGGUUACCCAUCACAGUGAUUUCACUGAGGUUAAAAAGCAACCUGGGGUUGAUAUAGUGGUGCUAAGCAGGGUAGGUAUUUUUUAAUGUUAUCUACUGAAAAGAGUGGUCUAUCCAAGGGGAAUUUUACUCCUCCAUGACAUUGGAAGUUUGAAAAACACUCCCAAGAGAUUUGUCGGCAUGGCACAAAUAUAAUUAAUUUCCAGCCCAAGAGGUAGGAAUUCUAAAUAUGAAAAUUAAUAGAGAUUGGGAAUUUUUCCUUCCCAAAAUAUCAUAUAUUUAGUAGUUAAUUCUCCUUGCUGUCUGCCAUACAAUUCUUAUAAUGUUAGUAUAGAGAAUUUGGCAUUGGAUUUGCAAAAAAAAUUAGCCUUACUUACUUACUUCCUAAGGAGAUGAUUUGGAGUGGUUAGGAGAGGGGUGAGGAAUAAAAUUACAUUUCCUGAGUGGGAGAAUGCACUGAAUAGGCCAUUUUACAGUUGUAAUUAGUUGCCAAGCCUUUGAUUUAGAUUGAGGCUGAAGUUGAGACCAGUAUCUAGUUAACAUGACAACAAAGUAAUUUAAAUUUAAAAAGCAGCAAGAUUUGUAUCAUAACAAGGUCACCCCCAGCCUCACUCCUGUGAAAAGACAUGGCAACCAAGAACGCAACUGUAAAAUGGACUUUAAGACCAUCAGAGUUAACACUGGUUAAGGCUUUCAUUUUAACUUUUAACAUAUAUGCUAUUUGUUUUAUUUCUCAGCUAUUCAACUUCUUUUAUGACAUGCUGAACCAUGUUGCUGAUGGUAAGUUUCAUCUAAUUUGUUUCAUCCAGGAAACCUUUUUUGUGCAGAAGUUCUAAUUUAAGUUGUUUUUAAAAUAGUCUUACAUUGUAUUCUGUGCCCCUUUAGAUAGCUAUAACCAAUAUUUUUGCCGAUAAAAACAAUUAUUAUGGAUAAUUUCCUCAUUAAUGUAGAAGUACUCUGAAUUUUUGCAUUGGAAUUUGCGGUGAAUUUGAUUGUGUGUCAAUGUAUUUGUUUUAUAGGUGAAAAUAAUGCUGUGGAUAUUUUACGCAAGGGUUCAGCAAGUGAGUGGGUGUUAUGUUCUUGUGCUGAGAGUAAUAUUCAAAAUGGAAGAAGUAGCUAAAUGGUUUAUCUCAUAGUCACUAUUGUCAUUAGAGGAGUUGCAUACGCUGUCAGAAUUCUAAGUGUCUAAAGAGGGGGACCAACCCAAACUACAAAGGCAAAAAUGAGUUUAUAUAUAUGUUGAGUGAACCACCAGAAUUUGUAACCUUCUUAGUUACAAAUUCCUAUUUGGAAUAUAGGGAUUGCCAUUCACCCUUUAACCAACAAGAGUGACUUACAUCUAAUUUCUCCUUACAAUCACACCAUUGGAUCAAACAUCAAGGUCAUGAGAAUAAAGGACAUGAUCACCAAUUAGUGCAGUUCUUGAUUGUUACACAAAUUCUCCUUGUCAGCACCUUUGGAAAUCUAUAGAGAACAGUAAAGAGAAUAUGCUUACUGAUGUUAGAGUGCAGAGGGUUAAGACAAGGAAAACUGUUCUUGAUAAUGAGGUGCUCUAUUAACCUGCUUUUAUUAGUCCUCUUGCAAUUAUUCCUGGACAACAUUUUUGGUAGUGCAGAUAUUUUGAGGCCUUGGCUGUUAAGCAUGACUUUGGUUAUUAAUGAUCAUCAUAAUUUUUUUUCUAUCUUGUUGUCAACUCAGGUAGUUCUACAUCCAUAGCAUCAAAGACAUCAGAGAAAUUAGAGAUGCUCACUGAUCCAUCAAAGAUAACAGUUGACGAAACUUACAGGGGACCUCAUGUUGCACUGCCACUUACACUUCUCACUGUUCACAAAAUCAUUGAGCACUUUAAGUCUCGCAAGGUUGGUACAACACCACUGAAAACUAAAUAGACUGUCUUAACUCUAAACCUCAACUCUUGAUUCCCAAGAAUCAAUAAUUAAGCUAUAAUGUGCAAGGUUCAAGUUUGAAUUUUUCUUGAAUUAGGUGUUGAGAAUUAGGCAUUAAGUUUCAAGAUGUUUAAAGAACUUUUUGAGGAUCUUGAUCUAAAUUUUUCAGGGGGCAAUUUAAUUCUCUGUAUCGAAACCAAUAUCUAUCAUUUUUACCUCAGAAAUCUUUGUCUUGUUGAGACUGGUCUCUCUGGUUUUAAAUGAGCCACCUUCAAUUUCUUAUUGUCCUUUGGGUUUUUGACAGCUCCUUCAUGUUAAGUAUGUCCUCCUCAUUCUUCGAGAGACAAGGGAAAAGCUCAAGGUAUUACCAAACAUCUACAGGGCUUCCACAAGCAUCUCCAAACAGAUAACCAUAUGUGGUGAGAAAAAUGAACAAUAGAUUACAGUGCAGUCAACAACUUCAACUUCAACUUACAAUAAAUUGAAUUCAGUUUGUUGAGGCACAUCAGCUAUGAUUGGUAUUUUGGACUCUGAAUAAGGGAUUAAACCCUAAAGGGAUUAGAAUGUUGCUUCCUAGUUUAACAAGCCACUCAUCAGAAUGGACUGUUUUCUUGUUGUAAGGACCAAGGGAUCCAAAUUUCUCAGAUGUAAAUUUCCCCAAGUUUAUUGCUGCAGAAGUUGUUACUUCAAUUGAAUAUGCUUUGCAAUAGCGUGCAAUUAACAAUGUUUGUAUCAAUAACACAACAACCAAACAACUGCUAUUACACAGAACAUUCCAAGUCAUGGGAGUCACAUGAUCUAAAGGGUAGGGAAAAACUGGUGAUCAGGGAACCCAUCUAACACUUGUUACUUACCUCAUAUCUCCCAGAAAGGGCUGUAGUUCCUGAUCAGCCUCCCCCCUCCUUUCCCACAUCUCCCUUCUCCUUCCGCUAUGACGUAGAUGCUCUGGUGAAAUUAAUGGAGGUUUAUAUGUAGUGAUACAUAUGUAUCAAAUGCUGUUUCUCUAAAGGGUGUGCUAUUUUGCUCUCUGGCUCUGAUCUGGGUUAGAAAGAAAUAUAAAGUUAAAAAUGAAUGCUAUUCUGACUUUCAACAGGUGACCUCCAUGGGAAACUGGAUGAUCUGUUUGUGAUUUUUCACAAGGCAAGCGCUGCAAACUGUUAUUCACUCUUUUGUAAAAUAAGAUUUAAUAAAAAAGAACUAAAUUAGAUUUUAGUAGUGGCUCUUCCACAAAGAUAGGGGGUGUGGUGGUGGGAGAGGUGGAGGAACUUGGAGACAAGCUUAUUGCAAGGAUGAGAGCCAACAACAAACUGACCACAUGUGACUUCAGGUCCAUGAAUUGAACCCUUGUAGCAACAGGGGGAGGCAGGCACUUUACCAUGGUGACUGCACCAUCCUUGCUCUCCAGCCAGGGAUCCAUUCACAGUUCAUCCAAACAUGUUAUGUUCCCUUUUGACCACCCUUCUUUAUCCUCCUGUCUGUGUGAUCAAUAACUCUGCUAUUAGUUCAUUUGGCAAUAGACUGCACACGGGAUGUUUGGAAGAACAUGAGGAAAGUUUGUAAAUCAUUCACCUCUGGCUUGUGAAAAAUCACACAUCCUUUUCAAAUGUUUCUCAUGUUCUCCCAACAUUCUGUGUUUACACUGGUAAUCAAACCAAUAGAAAGUGUGUUCUAUGUGGAAUCCAAUGUGGAUUACAAUGUUUUGAUUCCAUUCUGCUGGUCUUCUUGUGGCAGUAAGAUUGACUGGUUGUGCAUUACUUAGGGAGGCGCUCCUUUGUGACUAAUUGGCUUUGAGCACCUGUGAUGAUGUGUACUCUUAGCACUGUUCUGUCAGACUGCUCUAACAGAUUUCUUACGGAAUGUUUGGUUGCCAGGAAUCAGUUUGCCAUUUACACUCACUUAAAUCCAUGUUCAUGAAUUUUGUCCUUGAAUAUUUAUUUAUGCUCUUAUUUUUUGGUAUAGAAUGGUCUUCCUUCUGCUGAAAAUCCUUACAUCUUUAAUGGUGACCUUGUGGAUAGAGGUCCUUACUCCAUUGAAAUUGCCAUCAUUUUAUUUUCAUUUUUCCUGCUUUAUCCCACUGGUGUUUACAUUAAUCGUGGUAAUCAUGAGGAUCAUAUAAUGAAUCUCAGGUAUGUGGACAGGGCAUGUGUGCUAGAAGUUACAUGUAAAGAAGCUUAAAUUGCCUGGGGAGUGAGCUUUUGGAGACACAGUGGUAUAACAGUUAGCAUGUCAGACUCUGGGUCAAGAAGUCUGGUUCAAGCCCUUGUGUUGUGUUCUUGGGAAAGACACUUUUUAAAGUCUCUCAACCAAGGAUAUAAAUGGGUACCAGGCAAGUCUUAGGGAAACCUGUUGAAGCGCUGGUACUAACUUGCAAUGGACUAUAAUGAGUUGCAAAAGUGGUUGGCACACCUCCCUCUAAGAAGGUGAUCAACAACCCUACACUGUAGGACUGUAUAAGGACUUAAUUUGCUCUAACUUUUAUAUUAAAUUUGAUAUAAUUAGUUAUAUAGCUGAUAAGCUUAUAACAGUUGGUAAGGUAAGAUGGCAGGCUUCUUCACAAAGUGACAGCUGUUUUCUCCAAAAGGUGCACUAUUUUUUAUUAUAGUUAUUUCUAAAUUUCAAUAGAUACGGAUUUGUCAAAGAAGUAAUGGACAAGUACAAGGUAACUUGCUCAGGCAUUGUGGAAAUUAUAUUUUGAAUUCAUAGUCAUACACUACAGAGACUGGACUAAAUUCCACUAGUUAUGGCAGCUGGGAAAAUGGUUGGUGAAGCUGAAAAAUUCAGGCCUUAAUGGGAUUCAAACCUUUGCCUCCCUGAUACUAGUUGGGAGCUACUAACACUGGAGUUACAAAGUUACAUGUUGGGAACAAGGCAAAUUUGAGAGGGUUCUCCCUUGUAAAGAAAUCUUUUUUUCAGUCUCUGGAGCUUACAAGUGGCUGCCUUCUUUAUCAUCAAAUAAUUACUAAAAUUGCAGUUUACUUCUCAAUCAGUUUUGCUUUGACCCAUUAAGUAUCACUAAUGUUGUCUUGGCAGGAACAUUCUUCAAAAGUCAUGAGGUUGUUUGGAGAUAUCUUUGGGUGGCUUCCCUUAGCCACAGUGGUGAACAACAAAAUUCUUGUCACUCAUGGAGGAAUAUCUAAUAUUACAGAUUUGUCACGCAUUGAGAAAAUUGACCGUCACAAGGUUUGUACCCAGUUCUCUGUUCUAUCUGUUUCUCAUCAAUCAAUGUGAAAGGUUAUUUCAGACUGUUAGUUACAUAUUUGUUGAUGAACACCCACAGAGGGUUUAGUAUUCAUAGUCUAGAGACAGAAUAAAAGCAAUUAUUUGUCUAAUGCUAUCACAGUAGUUAAGUAUCCUCAACUCCAAGAAAGGUUUUCUUUCUUGGAGUACAUAGCAUUUGCUAUGUACACUCCAAGGAAACUCAGAAAGCACAUAAAAGUACCUCUAGGCCUAUUUUUGUACACGUUAAACAUUUUAUUUAUUAAAUUGACACUUUGCUGUUGCCAUCAUGGUUGCAUAAGGUCACUAAUAAUUCUGGCUGUGGCACUGGUGGUGAUCAUAGCCAAAAUGGUUUUGGUCAGUGGCAAUGAGCAGAAUGUCAAAAAGAGUGGCAUUGGUAGAAGUGACUUCUGUACAAUAAUGACAGCAUGUAUUGAUGAUAAAAAAAAAAUAAUGAACAUUGAUCUUCUGUAAACUCUAAUUUGUAUAAUCUUCUUAUGAUCAGUAUGUGUCAAUACUCAAGCCCCCGGGCAUGGACAAAACACAACCAGAUACUGUUGAUCUAAUGGAGUGGAGACAGGUAACUUUUCCUCUUCUUUAGGUUACACUAAAAAAGAUUUAUUUGCCACACCUUUCAUGAGAGCAGUAUGGUUAAUAAACUUAUUAACUUGAAUCUGUAACUCAGAUUAUCACCGUCUUUUUGUCCUUUACUUCUGUCAAGUUAGCCCAUCUGAACAAUACUAAGUGCAGCUUAUUUUAACUGGGACCAGGUUUUGGUCACGUUGCUCCACCCUCUGCUGAUGAAAUUAUGUUGAAAUUUCUGGCCGCUGUGUAUUUUGAGAGUAUUCUCACUUAUAAGGCAUUCUUUUAGUUUAGUUUCAAUCUCUGCAGUUCCUUGUUAUGCAAAAGAAUUGAUUAUAUAAUUAUGGUUUUUACCUGAAGGUGUUGGAUCUGCUGUGGAGUGACCCCAAACCCCUCCCUGGUUGUAAACCAAACACUUUUAGAGGAGGGGGCUGUUACUUUGGUCCAGACAUCACAGAUCGCAUCCUGAAGAAACAUGAUUUGGAGCUUCUUGUGCGUUCUCAUGAAUGUAAAUUUGAAGGAUAUGAAUAUAUGCAUGGUGGAAAGGUAUUGCAUACAUUAGAUAAAAUAUAUCAUAAAUACCUGAAAUGCCUUCCUCUGGUUUGAGAUUUUUGAAAAAAAAAAAAAUGCACCUGUCUUAAGGCUUGCAGUCAAAAGAAAAGUAAGCAUAUUUUAUAGCCAGAGGAAGCUUUCUUAUAUGCUUAACUACAAUUUUUAGUCCUGUCUCUCUUCUAUCUUCUUGGAUGAAAAUGCUUUCCUCAUUGUAAGCCAGCGAGUUAUAAUGUGUUAAACAGAUAGCUUACAGGCUAUCAUUGUGAACUUUUGGUCAGCACAUGUUCUCUUGCGUAAAACACUUGUCUGAAUUUUCACAGCACCUCCCAGAAGUGGACAUGGCUUUAAGCAAACUGUUAGGAAAAUUCUUUAUUAAUGGAGUGUAAUCGUUUGUCUCACUAUGAAGACACUUCCAUUGUGGAUAAUUUGCAAUGUUUCCAUUUCAAACACCAAGUCUUCAGGCAAUAAGGUCAACAGAAUAUGUGUCACCUUGUAAAGGGUUACUCCUAGCUGUGGUUGGCUGGUAUAGCUUUGAUUGGCACACUUCAAAUAUAAUAUAUUCCCUCCACAGUCUCGUGUCACAUGGCUCGCCUGCUGUUGUGUUGUUUGAUGAAAAAGGGAAAAUAUUUGUAUUUUUGGGCAGGAGGGGGAAGAGGGGGCUUCCAAUGCUAAGCUUCCUAUCCAAUACUAGUCAUCACUUGUAAGAAAACUAAGAUAAGUUGUUGUGGUUAUAAGCAUCUAUGUUACUCCUAAGAUUGAAAUAUUUUUUGUAGGUCAUAACAAUAUUCUCAGCAUCAGAUUACUAUGAGCAGGGAAGCAACAGGGGUGCAUAUAUGAAGAUUGGACCUGAUAUGAAACCUUACUUUGUUCAGUAUCAAGCUUCCAAAGCUAAGAAGCAUCUCACCCUGAAACAAAGGUCAGUACCAAUGAUUGUAAUCAUUGUUCUUGCGGGAAAAAGAGGCAGGCAAUUUCUUUAGCAACUAUUAACUCUCUCUGGUAUUGUGUCAAAUACCCAAAAUUAGCACCUGGAGUGAUUAUUUCAAAUGUUUUGGUUGGGAAAGGCAGAGCCUAGUUGAGGAGAAGCACUUAUUCACUUCUUCUCACAUCACAGGAGAUGGUUUUGUUUAUUGUUCCACUACUAUACCAUUUUACUGUUAAUAUUAGGGUAACAGAAUGUGCAAAAUACGCUUCUGUACAACCGGGUACAUCAUCAAAUUGCCUCUUUUUAUUUCCAGGAUUGGAAUAGUAGAAGAGUCUGCAAUACGAGAAUUAAAGGAAAGGCUUUAUGCUAACAAGAUAGCUUUAAUGGCUGCCUUUGAAGAAACAGACAAGGAAAAAACAGGUGAGUUAAAAACUGAGAUCAGGGAGCAUGAAUAAAAGCUUCAGUGAACUUCCUCCUCAUCUCACCCCACCCCCAACAGACACAUUAUUCUUUUCCUUGGUUUAUUAAUAAAGGGCAAAAUUACUGAGCGCUGAUUGGUUGAGAGAGAGGGCAUUUUUUCUUAAUCGAGGGCAUUUUUAGUAAUCAAGAGAGGGCAUGAUUACCUUGUUCAGUUAAAAGCACUUUGUUGUUUUUCUGUUGGCAGAAACGCUCUGUUGAAAUGAGCUUUGUUUUCUAGACUUUUGGCAGUAUAUCACAACAGUUUUGGAGAAUAAAAUUUCAUUGAAUCGAUUGAUCAGUUCAAUUUGAUUGAUGAUUUGCUGUAGCGCUAAACAGGCUUCCCAGAUAAAAAUAGACUGCGCGCGUGAUUUUCCUUCGUAUAAAUUUUGCCCUUUAUUGAUAAACAAGUAAUCCCAUGAGACCUCGUACUAUUAAGGAUUAAUUGCACUUGAGUUUUCAAAAUUUUGGAAAAUUUUGAAUACUCUCAUGCAAUUAAUCCUUAAUAGUACUUGGCCUCAUGUGAUUACAUAUACAAAGCAACAAGGGAAAUUUAGAGAGAACAUUAUGGAGAAUGUGUAUAAUGAUGUUAGGGUGUGAAGGGUUAAUAAUAUUCUCUAAAAGUGAUAUUGGGUGAUUUUGAGCAUUGCCUUGAUAUAAGACAUAAUUGGGUCAUUUCCUUUUAGGAUAUUUGACUGCAACUCAGUGGGCAAGUGCUGUAGAGAGUGUGCUGAAAUUAGACGUACCAUGGAACAUGUUGAGACAUCAGCUUGCCCAUGUUCUGCCAGAUGGAAAAGUGGAUUACCAUUCAUGCUUUGAUCAGUAUAUCAUUGAGACAGGACUACACAAGGUAACUAGUUUUGAAUUUUUAAGCUGAAAUGAUUUGAAGGAUAAUGAAUGAAAGGUACUAAGGGUUUUUAUAUCAUUGAAAACUUGACUGGAACAGUGGAUAUCUUUCUUGAAAGUGGCAAAUAUCAUAGUUCCAGAGAAAUUUCCUUCUUAUGGACUGAGUCAUCUUACAGGAUGGUGCUGUCUUCCAGCCCUGUUGACACAAAGGCUUACAGCCCUCACACCAGGAUUAUUGUCUACCAUUUCUUAAUAGAAAUGUGCACAUAACUAUACUUGCCAUGCCAAGGUUUCCAACAUGCAUGUGGUUCUUUAUUUAUCUAUUGUCAACUUUUCUGGUAUAGAAUGGCCCAAGCAUCACUGAGACGCUCUACAGACAUAGGUCAAAUUUGGAAACAAUUUUCCGCUUAAUGGAUAAAGACAAUUCAGGUAUACUAAAUGUAGAAAGACUCUGUUAUAUCUACUUGUCAUGAGGUGAAAUGGGGUUAAUCAUUGUGAGGAACAGCAUCCUAUUACUGACUAUUGGUUUACUGUUGGCUGAAAGAUUACACACAGGUUACCCACAUGUUUGACAUAGGUUACCACAGGGUUCCUUCCCACUGCCUUCCCCACCUUUAAGUUUAUACUGUCAGGGCAAACCAUUUUUUCCUCAUUUUCUUCAACAGGGUACGUUUCAAUGGAAGAAUUUGAGGAGUCUUGUCGUCUUCUUAAUGAGCAUACUAACUCCAAUAUCCCAGUUGACUCCAUUGAAGAUUUGGCAAAAAGUAUAGACAUGGACAAAGAUGGCCACAUUGACUUCAAUGAAUUCCUGGAAGCAUUUAGACUUGUGGAUCAUUCCAACUCUAACCACUUGUCUUUCAAAGAGCAGUCUCCAGUCAAUUCAAUACACAUUGUUUCAUAAAACAUUCAGCAACCACAUGAGAGUUUCAUGAACAGUAAGUGAACAAGUAAAUUUAAAAAAAUGUGCGGCAAAGAAUUUUCUUCAUUUUGGUGUUAAUUAGAUGUACAUAACCAUGCAUACCUGUACAUAUUUAUAUCCAUACUUGAAGUGUUCACAUUUUAUUAUUUAUUAUUCUUGUACAUACCAAAUCAUUGUUUUUACAAGCAAAGAAAAUUUUUUAAUAGUACAACUGUAUGGAUUUAUUGCAAACUAAUGGCUUGAAAGAAAAACUCCAAGUCAUUCCUCAACAUCCUCCUAGCAUAGCAAAGCAAAUGACAGGAAGAGAAAAUUUGAGUGUUAACCCUUUAAACCCUCAGAGCAACCAGCACCUAAUUUCUUCUCACAGUAGUAAAACUGAAUCUUUCAUUAAGAUCAUAAGAAUAAAGGAAAUGAUUGCCAUCCCAAGAGGCUUUGAUUUUAAGUGAUUCUCCUUAUCAGUAGCAAAGGAAACGUAUCAAGAAAUAGUACAGAGAAUAUGGAUACUGAUGAUAGGUUGUAAAGGGUUAGGGCUCUUAAGUUGCUGCCAUACUGUAUAUGGGGGGUAACACAUAGUUGAUUAUCAACUAAAAGCUGGUUAUGGUAGAAAAACUAAACCUUUGGUCUGAUGAAGGGGUAAUGCUGAAAACAUCAGCCUUCCAAAUACUCCACAGUGCUUAGUUCAUGGUCAUGCAUGGUUUUACGCUAAUAACCAUAGGACUGGUGUAGAACAUUUCAUGGGACUCUAAUAAGUUUGUGUUUGAGUUGGUGUUUUUAGCAGGCAAUACCAAUGCUUUCAAUUCAUUUGGUAAUUUGACAAUGGUUAAAAAUGUUGUUUCAAAAUCUUUAUGAAAGAUUGGCUCCUCUAUUAACAUAUGUUUUUUGGGAGGUGAUGAGUAAACCUCAGCAUUACAAAUGAUCAAACCACUUUUGAUUAAUUUAUGCCAAGCAUGACAGAGAAUUUAAAAGGAAAUUUUGAAAAAAAAAUUUAAAUAAUGAAUCAAUACACUUAACUGUAAUAAGAGGUUAAACUAACUGGCCAAGAUGUGUGUGCCAGUAUUGGAGUGGUACACCAUUUAGAAAUGAGCUAACAUGCAUUGCAGCCUCUUCAGUUUCUUUUAUAAGCUAAGCAAGAGAAACAUGAACUGAGUGGGAGCUGCAGAAAGGCAUGGGGUGAUCUUAUACCCAGAUCCUACCAUGUAACUAUAACUGAAAUGUAGGACAAUGGCUUGGUCAUGGAAGGUCUGGGUACAAGAGUAAGUAUAGAGCUCAAGGGAGCAAAACACAAAAGGAAAUAGAAAAUACUGCUAGGCAGGACAUUGAUUAAUAAAUUAAUUCCAUUGCUGUAAUAGGUAAUACUAUUGUUCCUACACUUUUGGCUAGUUCCCUAAGAUCAAAUGUGCAUGGUCUAGCACUGGUUAAAGAGUUAUAACAGGAUUGAAAUAUUAAGUGUCUGAACAGAUUCAGAGAAAUAAACUUUUUCC